AUGCGUGGUACAGUUGAUCCUGCAACUUUGAUUUACGAUCCAGAGAUAGAAAGGACUGCAAAGAGGAUAAGACAACAUACCAAGCAGAAGAGGCAAGCAGAGGCUUCUACUUCACAUUCUGAAGCAGAAAAUUCUACUUCACACUUUGAAGUAGAAACAGAGAUGGCAGAAGAAAAUCCACCAGCAGCUGAGCUGAUGGAAUCAGUUUUGGCUCCUCAAUUCACAAGGCCAAACUCGAGUAUUGUCAAACCACCGAUUGCUGCUAAUAAUUAUGACAUCCAAACAUGGGAGGAUUUUGCGGCUAAAUUUUUUGCUGAACACUUUUCCAUGGAAAAGUACAAUAAGUUGGUGAAUGAAAUCACCAAUUUUACCCAACAACCAGGAGAAACUUUAUGUGCAGCCUGGACUCGAUACCAGGAGUUGAUCAGAAAGUGUCCACAAUAUGACUUGCCAGAUACAAAGAAAGUCAGAGUCUUCUAUAAUGGGAUGACGCCAGAAUGCAGAAUGAUUGUCAAUGGUGCAGCUGGUGGCACCAUAGGAAAGAAGACAGCAGAUGAGACCUUAAAGCUGCUGGAUUUAAUGGCAAGGAAUGAGAAUGCGUCUAUGGCAGCAACAUUCUCAUCUGUUCAGCCCAAGAAAGGAAUUUUACAAUUGGGGAAUAAUGAUGCAUCACUAGCUGAGCACAAAGUGAUUUCCCAGCAAUUGGCCAAUUUGAAUGCCAAGCUGGACAAGAUGCAGCUCUCAACAUCCAAGGUUGAUAUAUUUAACUGUGAGUAUUGCAAGGAGCCGCAUGACACUAAUGAGUGCCCUACACUUAAUAAAGCUGAACCAUUCCAGGUCAAUGGAAUUUGGUAUGAUCCACGGCCUCCCCAGAAUACUCAAGGUUACCCAAGGAAUCAGAAUGGCGGUCAAGGGAAUAACUUUCAAAGGAGGAACCAAGGGAGUGGCUUGGAUUAUAAAUCCAACAACUAUCUGCAACCUCCUCCUCUGCCACAAAAAGAGCCAUCUGAGUUGGAGAAAGAAAUGAUACAACUGUCCAAGACAACUAAUGAUCACAUUAAUGAGACAAGAGCCUACCAUAAGAACCAGGAUGCUUCCAUCCGGAACUUGGAGAGUCAGAUAGGCCAGUUGUCUAGGCAGUUGGCUGAAAGAACUCAAGGGCAGUUUCCUGGAGAUACUAUUGUGAAUCCUAAGGAAGACUGCAAAUCUAUUGUAACCAGGAGUGGAAUUGUGAUCACUCCUCAAGACAAGCAAAAAGGGGUUCAGAAAGUGAAGGUUGAUAAACCAGUGAUCGAGCCAGAACAAGAAAAGGAGGUAGACACGCUUGCAACUGAGAAAGAAGAACCUGCAAGGCAGGACAAAGGGGGGAAAAAGAGAAAGUUGUUGAAGCUCUGA